ACAACACACCUCUCCUUUUUGACAAGCAAUACUGAAAUUUCUUUAUCUCUCCCCUUAGGUUCUUGCCAUGGCUGCAUCUUCAUCUUUCUCAGUUCCUUCAAUGUUGAUGAACGAAGAAGGAAGGUUUGAAGAAGAAGUAGCAGAGGUGCAGGCAUGGUGGAACACUGAGAGGUUCAAGCUCACCCGUCGUCCUUACUCAGCCAAAGAUGUGGUUUCCCUCCGAGGCAACCUCAAACAGGGCUAUGCCUCUAACGAGCUUGCCAAGAAGCUAUGGAGGACCCUCAAGACCCAUCAAGCAAACUCUACCGCAUCCAGAACCUUUGGAGCUCUGGACCCAGUCCAAGUCACCAUGAUGGGUAAAUAUCUAGACACCAUCUAUGUUUCCGGUUGGCAAUGUUCAUCGACCCACACCAGCACCAAUGAACCUGGUCCAGACCUUGCUGAUUACCCAUACGACACUGUCCCAAAUAAGGUAGAACACCUUUUCUACGCUCAACAAUAUCAUGAUAGGAAGCAAAGAGAGGCUCGGAUGAGCAUGAGCAGAGAAGAGAGAGCUCGAACACCUUAUGUGGAUUACCUGAAGCCUAUAAUUGCUGAUGGAGAUACUGGUUUUGGUGGCGCAACUGCAACAGUUAAGCUCUGUAAGCUCUUUGUUGAGCGAGGUGCCGCCGGAGUCCACAUCGAAGAUCAGUCUUCGGUAACCAAGAAAUGUGGUCACAUGGCAGGGAAGGUACUGGUUUCAGUAAGCGAGCACAUCAAUAGGCUUGUUGCGGCAAGAUUGCAGUUCGAUGUCAUGGGUGUCGAAACCGUCUUGGUGGCUCGAACUGAUGCGGUUGCGGCGACAUUGAUUCAGACCAAUGUCGACAGUCGUGACCAUCAGUUCAUAUUGGGUGUCACAAACCCCAAUCUCAAAGGGAAGAGCCUGGCUAGUCUUCUUUCCCAAGCCAUGGCUGUUGGGAAGACAGGAGCAGAGCUUCAAGCAAUUGAGGACAACUGGUUAUCAAUGGCCCAGUUAAAGACCUUCUCUGAUUGUGUUGUGGACGAAAUUAACAAAAUGAACAUUGGAGAUAACGAGAAGAGGAGAAGAUUGAAUGAGUGGAUGAACCACUCCAGCUUUGAUAAAUGCCUUUCCAAUGAGCAAGGAAGAGAAAUUGCAGAGCAGUUGGGGCUCAACAACCUGUUUUGGGACUGGGACUUGCCUAGAACCAGAGAAGGUUUCUAUAGGUUCAAAGGAUCUGUAAUGGCUGCAAUUGUACGUGGAUGGGCCUUUGCUUCUCAUGCAGAUAUUAUAUGGAUGGAGACUUCCAGCCCAGAUUUGGUGGAGUGCACCACCUUUGCUAAAGGGGUGAAGUCUAUGCAACCAGAGAUCAUGUUAGCUUACAACUUGUCUCCAUCUUUUAACUGGGAUGCAUCAGGGAUGAAUGAUGCAGAGAUGAAGGACUUCAUCCCUAAGAUUGCCAAGUUAGGCUUCUGUUGGCAAUUCAUCACUCUAGCUGGGUUCCAUGCUGAUGCACUAGUGGUUGAUACUUUUGCUAAGGAUUUUGCAAAGAGAGGAAUGCUGGCUUAUGUAGAGAGGAUUCAGAGAGAAGAGAGGAAUAAUGGGGUUGACACAUUGGCUCACCAGAAGUGGUCUGGUGCUAAUUACUAUGAUAGGGUACUCAAGACUGUCCAGGGAGGCAUGUCAUCUACUGCGGCUAUGGGCAAAGGAGUGACGGAAGAGCAGUUCAAGGAUACAUGGAGUCGACCAGGAGCUACUGAGAGGGGCGCAGUUAGUGUUGUGGUUGCAAAGUCAAGAAUGUAAGAAGAAGGAGGUGUUUACAAUGUCAAAUAGUGUGGGAAAGUUCUCACGGGGAGGUUUCAUCAGAGUCUUCAUUUUGUUUAUUAUUGUAGAACUUAAAGAUUUUGUACUACUGGAAUUUCAAAAAAAAAAAAAAAAAAAAAAGUGUUCCUUUGUUGUAAUAAACCCAAAUGGCAUUUUGAAGCCACAAGGACGAAUUGAUGGUUGAAUAGGAUCAAUUUAUGCUCUGUAAGCCUUCUUCGAGAUCUAUAUAAAAGUUAUUUUCCUGAAUCAA